AUGCAUACCAAAAGACGGGAUGACUUUAGUCCGUUCAUCCAAAAACACUUGCGCCUUCUACUCCUCUUCGAAGAUGGGAAUGAUAUGGCCUACGUAUCCCAGAUCGACAAGGCUUUCGUCACAGUCUAUUUGAACACCGGGAAGUCUGGAAAUACAAACAGCUUAUUAUGUUCACUAACUUCCGAGGCAUUCCUUGGUGGGCAAACUUUUCAAGCAGAACAGACCGGUCAACCAAGUCAAAAGUGCAUUAGAAAUCUAGGAACACUGAAAUUACUCCUUUUCCCAAAUGCAAGCAAACAGAUAAGACAAGCACUGACUGAGGACUUCACCCCCAUCUUUGGACAAGGCGAGUGGGAGGAAACUACUCACAAGGUUGCUGAAAGCUCUCCAAAAGCCCACGACCGGUUUAGCCCUUCUUGGUGCUCAUCAGGUAGGCGCAGUCCCCGAGUUUCCGUCAACCUUAUUUUCUACUUGAACCCUACAUUACCCCGCUGUAGACGUGUUGAACGACAGCGUCAGUUGUCAGCUAGUUCAAAUAACCAAGGAAGACCCGGUGGAAACCAUCUCGGUUGUCCAAGGUCUUCACCACGACUGGUCGGCCCCGCAACAUCCCCUACACCUUCUCGCUCCUGUCUUUCGCCAGCACUUUCAGUGUACUCUUCCUCUGAAUCCCUCCCGCAAGAGACACCUCAUUCACUCGCGAAACGUAAACAAGAUCAAGUCCAAAGCGUCUCCCAGCCAAACCGUGAUGUCCGAAGGACACUGAACAGUCAUCAUUCCCGUAGUCACCGCCUGGGACACAGCUUUCGGAGUCACGUGCAUCGGUUACCAAGUUCAGAUGACGAGUUUACAACGCAUUCAGAGUACAGAAAAAAACAAUCCGUCUCAGGAUCAGUACCUGUGAAUGGAAAUGGAGAUGAUUCUCGCCGUUCGAACUCAGUCGAUCGACAAAGGCUUCCUAACAGCGAUUCUGACUCGAAUCACAGCUCUUCCCCAGUCUCCAUGCAUCCUGUGAAGCAACAUAAAACCCAGUUGAUUCACAUUGGUCUCCCUUGUUACCGCUCGUUGUCAUCACCACCAUCGAAAGCAAAACAUCGAUAUUCCAUACUAAAGCUUCGCUUUGGUAUAUCUAUAAUUUAUUUGAAAGGCGUAUUCUUUAAAGAAGAAUAA